GUCUCUUCACUUUACCACCCCCACCCCCCCCUACACCCCAAUUACCGGCCCGGCUCGGCGGUGGAAGCAAGGCCCGGUUUUUAAACUCUUGGUCUCUCGAUCGAUUAUCAUUUCGUUGCUGUUAUUACCGUAACACCACGUACAUUUUAAAAAUAUAUAUCUAGAUUGUUUUAUUUUGCCCGGCCGCGCGGGUCGGUGGUGGGGCGAACAGAGAGAGUGAUCGCCGAGUGAUGAAGAAAUUCUUCGACUCCCGGCGGGAGGCGGCGGGCUCGGGUUCGGGAGGUGGCGGUGGUGGUGGCGGUGGAGGAGGCGGCAGCAGCGGCGGGGGCGGCGGCUUAUGCCCCGGCAGCGGCUUCAUCGGCCGGGUGUUCAGUGUGGGCCGGCAGCAGGUCACUGUGGAGGAGGUGGUGGCUGAAGGUGGUUUUGCUAUUGUGUUCCUAGUGAAGACUCAUAAUGGGGUUAAAAGUGCACUGAAGAGGAUGUAUGUCAAUAAUGAACACGAUCUGCAGGUCUGCAAGCGAGAGAUCCAGAUCAUGAGGGACCUGGCAGGGCACAAGAAUAUUGUCGGAUAUAUCGAUUCUAGUACAACAGCUGUCGGCUCCGGAGAGGUCUGGGAAGUGCUGAUCCUGAUGGAUUUUUGUCGAGGAGGUCAAGUAGUGAACCUGAUGAACCAGCGGUUGCAGACUGGUUUCACUGAGAACGAGGUAUUGCAGAUAUUCUGUGACACGUGUGAAGCAGUUGCAAGGUUGCACCAGUGCAAAACGCCCAUCAUCCAUCGGGAUUUAAAGGUUGAAAAUAUACUGCUUCAUGACAAAGGGCAUUAUGUCCUCUGUGAUUUUGGAAGUGCAACUAAUAAAUUCCAGAAUCCGAAGGUUGAAGGAGUCAAUUUAGUUGAAGAUGAAAUUAAAAAGUAUACAACUUUGUCCUACCGAGCUCCUGAAAUGGUCAACCUUUACUGUGGCAAACCCAUUACUACAAAGGCUGAUAUUUGGGCUCUUGGAUGUUUACUGUACAAACUUUGCUUUUUUACACUACCAUUUGGAGAAAGCCAGGUUGCAAUCUGUGAUGGGAGCUUUACAAUUCCAGACAACUCCAAGUACUCCAGCGAGAUGCACUGCCUAAUAAGAUUUAUGCUCGAACCAGAUCCAGACAAGAGACCUGACAUUUACCAGGUGUCAUACUUUGCAUUUAAACAAAUUGGGAAGGAGUGCCCCGUCCAGAAUGUCGGUAACUCUCCCAUUCCAGCCAAGCUUGUUGAGCCAGUUAAAGCCAGUGAAGCUGCAGCUAAGAAGACACAGCCCAAGGCAAGGCUUACAGACCCAACUCCACCGACUGAGACCUCAAUAGCUCCUCGCCAAAGGCCGAAAGCUGGACAGGCUCCAGCCAACCCAGGCAUGCUGCCCAUCCAGCCUUCUCUGACCCCACGGAAGAGGCCAUCUACCCAGGCAGUCGUACCGCCAGCAGGUGUUGUUCUCGGCAGCAGUCACAACACCCAGCCACCAGGCCUGCAGCAGCCUCAGCAACAACCAAGGCCUCAGUUGCAACAGCCGCAAUUGGUGCUGCAGCCGAAGCAGCCCCAGGCAGCAGCAGUGCAGCAGAAGCAGGUGCAUGCUCCACCUCAGCCACAAGCAGCAGGGCAGCCUCCACCUGCCCCACAACAAGCAGCUGUACAACCGCAACUCUUCGUGCAGCAGCAACAGCAGCAGAUGAUGGCUCAGCAGUACCACGCCAUGCAGCAAGCAUUGCAACAUCAGAUGAUGCAGAAUUACUAUCUCCAGCAACAGCAGCUUGCCACAGCCGUGCAGCAGAUACAAUACGUGAGCCAGCAAGCUGCUCCUGCCCAGCCACAGCUGACCUCAGCACUCCCACAGCAUACACCAUUACCUCCACAGCAGCAACAUACUGCAGCACCACAAGCAGCCUCUCAGGAACAGGGAAUGACCCAGAUACAACAACAACAGCAGCAGCAACCACAAGUGGCCCAAAACCAGUCUCCAAAAAUGGUGUCGGUGUCGCUGACUCCUCCAUCGUCGCCGAAGACUCAGCGUUCCGGCCACAGAAGGAUCCUGAGUGAUGUCACGUACAGUGCAGUGUUUGGUGUUCCAGUCAGUAAAUCGACCCAGCUCUUGGCAGCUGCAGCUGCUGAAGCUGGUUUAAACAAAUCCAAGUCGGCUACAACCACUCCCUCGGGAUCUCCACGGACCUCUCAGCAGAACGUCUACAAUCCUCCAGAUGUGUCUACAUGGAACCCUUUUGCUGAUGACAAUUUCUCCAAACUCACUGCCGAGGAGCUGCUCAACAAGGACUUUGAGAAACUCAAGGACGGUAAGGCUGAGCAGACCAACACAUCGACUGAGAGCCUGAUCCCAGGGCUUCCAGCAGCUGCAGCACAGUCACAGACAGAUGCUUUUGGAAUUGACCCCUUCGCAAGUGGUGCAGGAAAAGCUGAGAUAGCGGUUGGAAAUCUCAUACCUGGAUUUGAGCCCUCAAAGCCUCAGCAACUGCCUCCAGUGCAGGUGGAAUCUUUAAGUGUUGUGGCCGCAAAAAAUGCCGCAGGUUUCUCCGUUGAUGGAACUGGUUUUCCCGUGGAGCAGUUUCUGGCGACUGCAAAAACUGCUCCUGAGCUCGGUGAAUCCACAGGGUGCGACAACCUUAGCAUGAACUGGCCUGGCCAAGCCCGCCUGUCCAACUCCAACUCUGUGCACAGCAGCGAUGAUGAAUGCAUCGAAGAUGGUGGCGACCUGUUGGACAGCAGUGGCCACAGGCCUCUCCUGAUGGAUUCGGAAGAGGAUGAGGAGACUGGGAAGGGCCGGAACGCGGUCGAAGGACGGCCUGGGCCUGUCCGUUCAGGUGGCACAGCUCUGCCAGAAGCCCCAGCCAAGGAGAGAAGCGAAGGAAGCACCACCGAGGCAGAUGUGUUUUCCGCAGCUCCCUUUGGGAGCCCAAGGAGCUGUGAUGUGGGGCAGGGCACUGCCGAUGUUUUCACCAAGGCUCCUUUCAAGGCCAAAAUCAGCACCGCUCGAAAUCAAACUGAGGAGAUCGACGUUUUCACAAGGGCACCGUUCUCCAAAAAGAAAACUCUGGCAACUUUACAAGAGACAGUUCCCUACCCGCCUGUCUCCAAGGCUGGUGAAGAAAUGCCCGAGCACACUCAGUUCAGUGGCACCCCCCAGGAUGGCCUUCAGGUCGGUCAGGGUAGGUUCCCUGGUUUUGAAGAGCCGUGCGCCGGGUCAUCUGGGGGAGUCCAACAUCCUGCUGGAGCCUUCAAGGCCAGCAGCCAGCAAGAGUCCAGGGACGUGCCAGCAGCUCACCGAGCAACAGAGCCCUUGAAAAAUUCCACAGACUUUGCAAACCACCAAAAGCACCCUCUUCCUGGCACCUUGCUGGGUCAGGAAGGAUUGCUGGCGGCUGUGACCCCUCAGCCCUUCCGACCUCGGGCACUGGCCAAAUACUCACGUCACUACAAGGUGGAGGAUGAGCGACAGAACCAGCCAGUGGCUCCUGAUAAAAUGCAGGGAGUGCGAGGAGCUGACAACCCUGCCUCCCUGCACCUCAGGACUUCGCAAGUGCAAGGAGCUGACCCUUUUGCUGCGGCCCCCUUUCCCACUAAAUCCCGAAAUCCGAAGACUUAAUGUGCAAUCGAGUGAUUUGGCCGAAGCAUCGGUUACGUAUGCAGCAUCUCACGAGAAACACUUGGCCAGCUAAGGACCAUGACACUCUCUUUAUAACCACCUUCACAGAACUGUGUUGCACCUGCUAAAUUGUCAAAAUCUCAGGCCAUGGUAUUGUGCAAAUAAUCCUGUAUUUCUCUGAAAGGCGCUCAUUGUGACAGAAAAGACCACCACUUUCUACCUGGCCGAGGCAGUGAAGCCACAAGCCAAUUCCACACUGUGCCUGAGUUAUGGAUUCCAGACAAGCAUGGUUCAGCCAGGCCUCAAGACAGUGGACGAAGAACAUCAAAUGGUUUGCAUUUGCAGUUUGCUUGGAUGUCUCUCUGGCUUUUCAGCAGAGUUUGCAGAAGCCCAACUUCAUUGAAGUUGUGCGCUUGAUCUCAGCUUAAACCUCAAUUUAGAAGCUGGGGUGACCAAAAUUGCACAAGUGUUUCACAGAGCACAGUGUUCAGUCCUUUGAGUGAUUUGCCUCCUUGCGGCUAUGAUUAUCUUUUAUACACUGCAUUAAAUUUGUAAAUAUAAAACACUACCAUGCAACCAAAUGUUAUUAUGCUGCAUAACUGUAAAUUGAAGGAGAAAAAAAUGCAAUUUAAUAGUGCCUUUUAAAACCAGACUAGGUUAUUUCCAGAAGUUGAGUGUGUGUGUUGAAUUGGGGUACUGCAUGCUUCUAGACAUUGAUAGUAACACAAUUCUGCUGCUGUUCUGACAGUGCUGCCCUCCAGAAGUGUGAAGUGAGGUUUAAAGUGACACUGUGGUGCUGUGUAAACGCUGUUCAAUUGCACACUGAACACUACAUUUGAAUGAUACAAUCAUAGAUCCUUUCAGUGUUUGCCCAUUGAUUUGAGACAAUGAAUGCAACCCUGAGUGUGACUAUAAGUUAGCUAAUACUCUUUAUUUGAGUGACUCCACUGGAGAUCUCUCAUUCUUGUUAUAAACAAAAUAAAAAAGCUGAGGAGGUUUGAAACAAUUAAUUUGCGCCCCAAACUUUCAUCCCCAGUAAGAUUUUUGCAAUUUAUCAGAAGAGGUAUACAUUGAGAAAAUAUGAUUUUUUUUUGGAUCCAGUAUGUGACCACUCCAUUCAACAGUCAGCAUGCUAUCGAUCAACAAAUGUUGUUUAAGCUUCCAACCAAAUCACCGUCACUAAACUACGUUUGAAGAUGGAUGUAGUUUCCAAUCAGUGUUAUUCUACAACUGUAGUUUCACCAUCCUGCCCUUGCAAGCCAGUUUGGUACUAGUUCUCGGGUAGCAAUGCCUGAGAGAGCUGGGUUUAGAAGUGCAUUGGCACUAAUGGGAGGAGGGGUUGAUUGCAAUGUUGGCAAUAAUAGUUAAAAUGCUGCUAAAAUAAUUUUGCCAAAUAGCAUAUUGGCACGAGUCCUGUCGGUUCCCUCCUUAGCUUUUAAAAUCACAGUUCUUGGGAAUUUUAAUGGAUUGUACAUGGCCCAAGCUAUGGAUACCAGAAGAUACUUACAUUCAAAAUAAGAAGCUUCUUCAUUUCGCUGCAGCUUCCGUUCUCUAGACUUGGCCUGUCUUUAAUGAAAUCAGGCAUUUGACGAAAUCAAUACAAUUGUUAUUGGAAAAAAGCAGUUGGAUUGCCACUUCGUUUCAAAAAUCCCACUGAACGUAAUUUAGCAGUCUUGCAAUCCUGGAAGGAUUUGCUGUGAAAAUUGGAUGCAGUGCGCCUGUCUGUCCCCCUGACUGUCUAUGGCAGUGGAGUAAUCAGACCUGAGUAGACCGUCAGCUAAUCUAGAGGGUCAGUCAUCAGCGGCCUGUCCUGCCUGGUGUUGAUGUGGCUGACCUCAUCAUGGCCUCAUUUUCCAUCAGGGCAGAGGUCUGUUCUCGGCUGAACAAUAAGUUGCUGUGCGCGUGUGGAAGCCAUGCUGGGUGAAAAGGAGACCUGGAGAGAGAUUCACUGCUUUUGAUGAAAUUCGAAUCCAAGUCUGAGAAAGAUUGUGCCUCAUGUGUUUUGCGGUCACUUUGACUGGACUGUUAAAUUUGGCAGGAUUUCAAAAACCAAGUGGCAGUUCAAGAAUUGACAUUUUUAUUGGGAUCCCAUUGAAACUUGCUGUCAUCCCUGUGUUACCAUGAAAAUUGUCUUGCCAUUGAAUUGUCACAGGUUUCUACCAAUCAGACUCCAAUGUGAGAGCAUCAGUUUCUUGCUUCUCCCCAACUCUGUCGUCGCUGGGUGUCUGUACUUCAAAACUACUGGUCAUUAGAAAUAGCUGAAGUUUGGAACUCUGCUGACCAUGCAGGUUCUGCUCCUGUCACCUGCUCACACGGCCUUUCCUGUGUUGGUAUUUGAUCAAGUGGCCUUUGACUUAUUCCAGGAGGUCAGGACCCUCUUUGGAAAAUUUUCUUUCUUAUAUAUUGUGCAAUGUUUGCAUGCAAAAACGAAGACAACAACAAAGUGUGAUUCCAGAAGAUGAGUGAGUAGGCAGGUAUGAAUAAUGGAUUUUCAUGAACAGAAAUUGCUGGUGACACCCAGUCAGUCAGUCAGCAUGUGUAUAAAGAUCAUUGGAACAGGAGCUUCCCACUCUGCUCACCCGGUUUGUUUGGCAGUUUAAUUCCAUUCUGGCUGCUGUGUGUCUGAAAUUUAACUGCCACAAUUUUGUAACGUCCCGCUUGAUAAAAGAUUAUCAGUCCCAGUUUUGAAUUUUCAAUUCAGCCCCAGCUUCAGCACCUUUUUUGAGCUGAGUUCCAGACUUGUGCGACCCAGUGUUGUCUUUGAAUGAAAUAGCUCUGCAUUUGAUUUGAGGUGAUGCCCACUUGUUCUGGAUUAUCCCACCAAAGGAAAUAGUUUCUCUCUUAGCUACCCUCUUGAUCUCCCUAUAAGCUCAAAUGUUCCAGGGUCUACAAGCCAUGCAACUUAUUCUCAUCACUUAACCCUUGCUCAGCCUCUGAAUAACCUACUUCGGACCUGAAACACCUUACAGAUGCUGACUGACCUGCUGAGUUUUGCUUGCAUUUCCUGAUUUUAUAAAGGGGAGACCAAUUCUGAUGUUGCAUGUGUCCCAAGAAACGUCAGAACCUCUUUGCUGUUUGCAGAUAAGUGACUGCUCAGCCGUGUGGGCCCAGCAUUUGUGGUUUCCACAAUUUGUAUUUUUAUGUUAAGGGAGUCACCAAUUAUGAAUUGAUUGAACAAACCUGUUGCAAGCCUCCUUUGGAGAAGUCUCCACAAAGUGGCCAUAGGCUGCCAUAAUGUAGUUGUCAUCAGGCAGAACAAAGCCGCAAGGAGACAAGAGGCACUAACUUAACUAAUAUAUGGACACUCCUUAUGAUGCAGGUCAUCAUUUUGCACAGUGUUCUCCAUUCUGAGAAUAAGGUUUUAUUGUCUCUGUUUGGUUUUAGCAGUUUGUUUCACCUUUUCACCUUUUCAUUUGUUCUAAAUGAAACUGAAAAGACUUGAGCUGCUUGAAGUUCAUUGUGCUUCUCUGAGGUCCAAGCUGACAGUGUUUUGAGCAAGUAUCAUACUAAAACAGUGCUGCUUUACAGAGAGUUUUCUGGCUCCUAUCCCUCUGUCCCCAUCACGUUUUGAAUUGGCUCAGGAGUGUUCUUUGCAACCCCUCAAAAAAUGUGUUCUACAUGUAUACUUGGAAACACUCCCCAGUUUGGCACAAAAGAAACUCAAAAAUUAUGCAGAUAAGGUAGUGUUUUUAGCUGAAUUGUAUGUUUCUGCUCUGUAAAUCCAAAGGCCCUCUGUUCGGCGGUUGCAUUUCAAUGCAGUGUUUUAUGAAUUUGUUUAUGCUUGAAUGCCUGGCUUGUCUUGAUGGGCUUUGGGAGCUGUCUGGCACAAAUUGAGAUGCAGACACAUUGUGGAACUUGCUGCACAACUUCCCGUCUGUCCAGCGGGCUGGCUUGCUAAUUGCUCUGGGGUGGAAAUUUCUUCUGUUCUGAGGUAACAACUGCAAUCUUGCUCCAAAUGUUUCAAUGGUCAUUUUUCAAAAGCAUUCACAGCACAGCUUCAGGGUAGCUCAUUUUGUCAGCAUGGCUGCAUAGCUAAAUUAUCUCAGGCAUUGGACUAAGAUUUCACACUCUGUGCUCACACAAGUUUGAAUCCCACUGCUAUCUAAGUUUCCAAGCUAGUUUUUUUAAAAGAAAGAAGUGACAGGGUUGGAUUGUCACUGUGCAGAUAAUAUCUUCUUUGGAAAGCAUUUCAGAGAACUGGCUUAGUGUUGUUGGAGGUGGUGGGGAGAUUGAGUGGUUGGAAUUUGCUAUUGUCAUAAUUAAGAGCAACAAAAUAUGUCACAAAGAAAAGGGAAUAUUUGAGGAAUAUUUGGCUUGUCUGCCAUCAAGGGGCUUCAUCUUUGCAAACUAAAACUACAGUAUGCUGACUAAGUUCAAUUUUAAGUUUUGGGCAUCUUUAGUUUUUAAGAACAAGUUUCUCCCAGGCUGGCAUUGAUUAUUUGAAAAGUGUCAAUUCUUCGACAACCCACAGCUCCCAAAUUGUGUGUUGCUAUAGAAACACGAAAGGCACAUUGGCUGUCCCUACUGCAUUCUCUUCUGAGAUUCAUCUGUGCCACUACAAAUUCACCUCCUUAUAAUUCUUCUCCUUUCCAGAUAUGCACCAAGUAGAAAACCACCUCUUAAUUUGGGAACUAUUGACCGGUCUGUUUUAGUGGUCACUGGUUGUGGGAGCUUGGUGCUACUCUGUUUAUGCCUGAUACUGGUUCUAAGGAGUUCCAGCACUCAAAUUAAGGAGCGUUGGGGCAUGAGACAUGGAGGGAAGGAGUAAGGUGGCAUUGGUGAGACAACGAAAAUCCUGUCUCGAGUCUUAAGAGUGCACAGGCAACAGAAACCCUGCUCAACAAAAAGAGGCUAAUGUCAGUUUAACUUGGUUUAUUCAUCACCAAAUCAAAGGUUUACCAAAGGCAGCAACCUCUCAACUUGUUUGUUCCAUAUCCUUAUUUAAUAUCCUAAUAUGUGUUAACAAUGUUUUGACAAGGUGAUUGGUCUGGAGGAAAAUAAAUUUUGGCUGAUGAUCUUAUCUAUUUGGCUGCAAUUAUCUGUUUAAACCAGUAGGUGCACUCUCAGGCAAAAUUGCUUGAUUUUCCUAAACUCCAGACCAUGUAGCAAAAUUCUGGCAUUGCACAACUCUUUUGCACCUUUCCAGCAGGAUCGCAUUUGUAUUUUUCCUCACCACCCUCCCCCAAUCCUCCAGUUCUCUGACUGUAUCCUGCCUCUAGACAUCAAUCACCUCACUGUUACUCAGAUGAGAGUCCUGAGGCUACACCAUUUGCAAGGCAUUAUUUUGCUAUUUUUAUUAAGAUGUUUAAUUUAACUGGACAGAAGUUAAUCAUCUGAUAAAUUAGGCAAGUAAAUUUAAUGUGAAUGCAUUAGACGUUUGUGCAAUCUUCACACCGGAUAAUUUCAAGGAUUAUAAGACAGGUGUUCUUCAUUAGCACAAAAUGACAGGACGAGGAGCAAAUUGUUGGAAGCAACACUUCAAAUUGGACAGUUUAUGGACGACAUUCCUUUGUGAUCUCAGUUGAGUAACAUUUUUCAUGUAUUGGAACGUGUCAUUUUUACAGUGUUUACCGUACUGCUUUCACCAAAUAGUUUACAGUUUCUUACCUUCAUGGAUGCACCUUUUGAAAAGCCCAUUCUUGACAUGAGCAGCAGGGCACCUUUAACUCCAUCCCCAGUUUUAGUGCAUUGUUUACUGCCCCGCACGUGCAGUCAAGACUUAGUGUUGCAUUGGAAUGAAUUUUCACUGCUCUAAACAAGGGAUCAAUCGGGUGUUUCCACUUCUUGUUUACUGCUCACUUCCCAGUCCAAAGCUGUGCAUGUUGCUAGGGUAUGAUUGGAUGUGCGUUGGCAGCCCAAUCACUGCUGGUAUCCCCUCCAAAUGCCACUGUAACCUCAGCUGAAUCCAGACUUUCUACCUGGUGUCACAGGAGAUGAGGAAGCAGGAGCAGGAACCUUAUCUUCUCCCUUCUCCCACCUGAGGCCCAUUGAUAUUGGAGGUCAAUCUUGGCUCUGCACCAAAGCCCACAUGUGCGAAUUCAGCACAGGGUGAGCAGGAUGACCCAUUUGCAUCACUCUGCUUCCACACCAAGGAUUGGACUCUGUGUAAGCCAUUUGGGGAAAAUGGAUAAAAUUUAGGAACAAAGGAUUUAAAAUAAAAAUCAGUAACAAAAUUAGUACAGGCUGAAGAUAUGGGGUGAAUGAACUUACUAAGGUUACACUAAAGUAUUAAGUGGUGAAUUCAAUCGGAUUUGUGUUUUUUUUUCAUUCUUGUGGCCUGAUCAGGGGUUGUUGGGUGAAGGAAUUUCAAAUUGCAAUUUCUGUUUACUGCCUGACAACACAACUGUUGUUCAAGAAUGGAUUUCCUUAAAGCAAUAUAGACAACAAUCAUGCAUUGAAGAAGUCACCCAAAGAAAGCCCCUGGUUUGGAUUCUAAAUGCUGAAUAUCAUUUGUAUUUCUGCAUAUGAACUGGGUUGGAUAUGUUGACUUUUACCCAUACUCCAUGCUUGUUCAUGUGCCUCUGUGAGAAAUAAUUAUUUUUUUUCCCCACUGCAGCUCGUUUUAAUUGUAUUCCGGUGUUCAAUAGUGCUGUAUAUCUCUAGUUUUUUGUGAAGAAAUUAUAAAAAAGACUUCAAAGCAUCUGUA